GGGAGCCGCCGGAGCGGUCUAGGGUCCACGGCGGGCGGCCGCAAAGCACCAGAGCACUUGGCAUCUGCAGGACUGGACGCCAUGAGCUGCUAAAAGUGAGCCUGACUUUUUAGCUGCCUUGGGGCACGGCGUGGGGGGCCCAGAGCCAUGUCGGACUUGCUGCUACUGGGCCUGAUUGGGGCCCUGACUCUACUACUGCUGCUGACACUGCUGGCCUUCGCCGGGUACUCAGGGCUGCUGGCUGAGGUGGCGGUGAGUGCUGGCUCACCCCCGAUCCGGAACAUCACUGUGGCCUACAAGUUCCACAAGGGGUCCUAUGGCGAGACUGGGCACCUUUUCACCGAGAGUUGCAGCAUCUCCCCCAAGCUCCGCUCCGUUGCUGUCUACUAUGACAACCCUCACAUGGUGUACCCUGAGAAGUGCCGCUGCGCCGUGGGCAGCAUCCUGAGCGAAGGUGAGGAGUCACCCUCCCCCGAGCUCAUCCACCUCUACCAGAAAUUUGGCUUCAAAGUGUUCUCCUUCCCGGCACCCAGCCACGUGGUGACAGCCACCUUCCCCUACACCACCCCCCUGUCCAUCUGGCUGGCUACCCGCCGUGUCCAUCCUGCCCUGGACGCUUACAUCAAGGAGCGGAAGCUGUGUGCCCACCCUCGGCUGGAGAUCUACCAGCAAGACCAGAUCCAUUUCAUGUGCCCACUGGCACGGCAGGGAGACUUCUAUGUGCCCGAGGUGAAGGAGACAGAGCGGAAAAGCCGGGCGCCUGUGGAGGCUAGUGACGCCCCGAUGGAUGGCACAGGAGCUGACACGAGUGACACCAGUUCUGUAAGCCUGGAGGUGGGGCCCGGCAGCCGGGAGCCUUCAGCCACCACACUGUCCCCGGGGGCGAGCAGCCAUGGCUGGGACGACGCUGACACCCGCAGCGAGCAUAGCUAUAGCGAAUCGGGUGCCAGCAGCUCAUCCUUUGAGGAGCUGGACCUGGAGGGCGAGAGCCCCCUGGGGGAGCCACGUCUGGGCCCUGAGGCAGAGCCUCUGGGGGCCAACAAGUGGCCCCGAGAGCUGAGUACCCUUGAGAAGGGUGAGGAGUAACCCGAGGCGUACACCCUCCCAGGGUGCAGAUGCUAAGGAACUGAACAGACUCUCCAGCCCUCUUCCUCCUUCACCUCCCGGGCCUGGGCCUGGGCUGGCACCAGGGCCUGGGAUGACCUGACUUUCCCUGCCCCAGGCGUCUAGCUAAGCCUUCUCCUCACUGCCCUCUUGGCUAGCAGGGCCGGAGGAGCCAGAGGCUGUUUUCUGCACCAGCCUCCGGAGCCUACCGCCCCUGUUGUCUUUUUUCAGACUUACAUGGCGCUUCCAGGACCCAGAAUAAAGCAAAUGAUUUUCUUGUUUCACUUGGA